GCAGUGGACGGAUCCGAAUGAGAUUAAAUGAGAAAUGGAACAAUAAAAUAAACCAUUUAUCUGGUUUGAGGCGACCCGGUGACAUGCUGCUUGUUGCCCUUAAGAGUGCCUGCCUGGGCCCGGGCCGUGGCCAGAAGGGCCCCCCUUUUGGUAGUCGGGAGGGGAGUGAAAAUAGCAGCGACUCUUUUGGUAAUGAACGCUGUGUCUGCGUUUGAAGGCAUGUGGGCGUGGCUUUGUCGAAAAGUAGUUCCUUCACCACGAUUGGUCCAUAAGAGGGGCACCCCCUGCCGAGCCCACAAUCGAUGCUAUAUAGGCUCUCCUGAGGCUCAAAGAAAACAGUCGUGUUAUCACACUGUCAAAGGAUUCUACUCACCCACUGGAAAAAACCCACAGUAACAUGAAGAAGCAGGGACCACUCCACGUUGCCACCCCCCUGAGAGAGAGCCUGGCCCUGACCAAGGUGGCGGGGACCUCCGUCUACAUCAAGCUGGAAUCCUCCCAGCCAACCGGCUCCUUCAAGAUCAGGGGCAUCGGCCACCUGUGUAAAACAGAUUGCAAGUAUCCAGGGUCAGGAGAGGGGGUAGGUGGGAAACCCACUGCUGCCACUUGGCCGUGGUUUGUCCCCUUGGAUAAGUGGUCUGAGCGAGGCUGUAAGCGCUUCGUCUGCUGUUCAGGGGGUAACGCAGGCAUGGCCGCGGCCUACUCGGCCCGCCAUCUGAGCAUCCCAGCAACCAUCGUGGUCCCCAGCGUGACCCCCCCGUCCACGGUACAGAGACUCAAAGACGAGGGCGCUGACGUCAUCAUCCACGGCAAGGCACUGAACGAAAGCAUCUCGUACGGAGAAGAGCUGGUGGCCAACAACCCUGGCUCGGUGUUCAUCUCCCCGUUUGACGACCCUCUCAUCUGGGAGGGACACAGCUCACUGGUCAGAGAGCUGGAGGAGGACCUGAAGGAGAAGCCCGGGGCGGUCGUGCUGUCGGUGGGGGGCGGCGGCCUCAUGAACGGCGUGGUGGAGGGCCUGCGUCACGCCGGCUGGGCCGACGUGCCCGUGGUCGCCAUGGAAACGCACGGCGCGCACAGCUUCAACGCGGCCGUGAAGGCGGGCCGGCUGGUCACCCUGCCCGAGAUCACCAGCAUCGCCACCACGCUGGGCCUGGCCACGGUGUCGGCGCAGUCCCUGAAGCUGAGCGGCGAGCACCCCGUGUUCUCCGAGGUGGUCACGGACCAGGACGCCGUCAGGGCCGUGGAGCGCUUCCUCGAUGAUGAGAAGAUCCUGGUGGAGCCGGCCUGCGGUGCUACCCUGGCGGCUGUGUACUGUGGGAUCAUCGAGAGGCUGCAAGGGGAGGGAAAGCUGAAGCAGGCUCUGGGCCCGGUGGUGGUGGUGGUGUGCGGGGGAAACAACAUCAGCAUGGAGCAACUGAGGGGCUUCAAGAAGAAGCUUGGCAUGCUCGAGCAACAAUUCUUCAUCACCAUCAGAGGGCCAUGUGGCCAUGCGCUUCAACUAGACGCAGCGCCCCCGCCAGGGGGCGCUGCGUCAAAAAGAAAAAAAAAAAGAAAAAAAAAAUUGAAAAAAAUUAAUAAUAAUAAAUAAAUGCGGUGUCGCGCGUGCGCAGAUUAUGCCCCAUCAUAACGGACAAUCUGACAGCAUUAAGUU